AUUUUCCUUUGGUAAAAAGUCAAAUAUAAUUUAGUCAUCUAGUUGUGAAUAUUCAUUUUUAGGCGCUUAAAUGAGCUAUAGUAAUGAUACGACGACUUUCUGAGCAAGUAAUCACUAUGGCUGUUAGCAGAUAGAAGUACUCUGUGAUGUGCUCUUAGUUUGUUAAUUUCGAAGGAAAUUAGGUUAUAAUUUGCUGAGAUUUUUAGAAAUUCUGUUUAAUUCAAGUUUAAUUUUGCAGAUUAAUGUAUGCACAUUGAAAAUGAGUAAUGUAAUUAAUUAUUUACCUAUCAUAAAAUAUCCAUUGUAUAUUAUAAGACCAUGGACAGAGUUACAAAAACGUUACUUAGGAAGACCUACAAGCUUUCCUGAUUACUUUCAAAAUCCUGUGUUUAGGAAGGAAGAUCAAGCUAAAUUAAUAGAAAACUCUGAGCUAUCAAAGCUAGCGGUAGUGCCUGUGAGACCACCAGCGGCUUACGAAACAUCUUCAGUAUACCAUGAUCCUCUUGUCCAGAAAGUGAUCAACCAUGUGAUGGAAAUGGGAAAAAAGAAAUUGGCUAGAGAACUUGUUGAAAAAGCGUUUGAAAAUAUUAAAAGAAAACAAAUAGAGCGGUACCAUUUAGCGAGUACACCAGAGCAGAAAGCUAAUAUAAUUUUAGAUCCCAAAUCAGUGUUGCAUAGAGCCAUAGAUAACUCAAAACCAUUGUUACAAUUGUUACCAAUAAAGAGAGGUGGUAUUACUUACCAGGUACCAGGGCCUAUUACAGAAAAACGCUCUCUAUUUUUGGCAAUAAAAUGGUUACUGGAAGCAACAAAUGAAAAAGACAGAACUAUCCAUUUCCCAGAGCAAUUUGCAAGGGAACUGCUGGAUGCAGCAAGUAACACAGGGAAAGUUGUUAAGCGGAAGCAGGAUUUACAUCGCCAGUGUGAGGCUAACAGAGCAUAUGCACAUUAUAGAUGGCAGUAGUUGUAUAAUAUACAUUGAUUGUUAAAACAAAAUAACAUAACAUAGACCUAUAGAAUCAAUUAAAUGUACGCAUAGCUAGUUUUAUUUAAAGUAAUUAGAAAGUUAACUGAUAUUAUGUUGCUACUAUUGUCGAGUGUAUUAUAAUAGUAAUUUAAAAUUAUG